CCCCCAGUCAGUCGCAUGCGGACCUCAGUCGGGAGUGCAGUGCAGUGCAGUGCAGUGCAGUGCGUGUCUAUAGAGUCAUGUGUUUUGUCAGUUGUGUGUUUCUGCCAGAGUGAUACAAUUUUAUUUUUUUCUUAUCGUGGUUUGUUGUGAUCAUUUUUGUGCAUUAGUGAGAAUUUGUGUGUAUGUGUGUUUGCCAUACGGUGAAGAGGUGCCAAGCGAAUUAAGGGAUUUUACAUGGAUUACCACAACGUCUAUUCGACACGCUUCGCGGAUUAACUACAGAACUGAUCGCGCUGACCCGACCCACCCUGGGGACACCGAAGAUAUCCACUACGAGCAACAGGACAGCGGACAACCACAAGGAAAAACAGUGUGAUGCGGUGAGCGGCGCGGCCGCGGCGUGGGGCGGAGGCGACAUGCGGGUCCAGCCGCGGGAGCAGCCCAGCCGGACGGAGGGCCCAGGGGGCCCACAGGGGUCCCCAGAGGGGGCUCGCCUAGGGGUAGGGGAGCCCCGUUCAGGCGGCCAUGAUCUUGGGGCUCAUCGCGGCUACGGCCGCCUUCAAGACGAGCCUGUGGGUGGUGCCGCUGCUCCUCGCCUCGCUCGCCUACUACCGCUACGACCUGGUCGAUCCCGAGAGCAAGCCUUUCGACCAGCGCGUCCUCUACAAAGAGUAUGACUUUGUGGUGGUGGGUGCCGGCUCGGCUGGCGCCGUCGUCGCCAACCGCUUAUCCGAGGUGCCGCAUUGGGACACGCUUCUGCUUGAGGCGGGUCCAGAUGAGAACGAGAUCUCGGAUGUGCCGUCGCUCGCCGCCUACCUGCAACUUACUGACCUGGACUGGCAAUACAAGACUGAACCCACCGGCAAGGCCUGCCUAGCCAUGAAGGGAGGGCGCUGCAACUGGCCGCGAGGCAAGGUGCUCGGCGGCUCCUCCGUGCUCAACUACAUGCUCUACGUUAGAGGCAACCGCAAGGACUACGACAGCUGGGAGGCGUUCGGCAACCCGGGCUGGGGCUUCGACAGCGUGCUACGCUACUUCAAGAAGAGCGAGGACAACCGCAACCCGUACCUGGCGCGCACGCCCUACCACUCGCGCGGCGGCUACCUGACGGUGCAGGAGGCGCCGUGGAAGACGCCGCUCGUGCUCGCCUUCGUGCAGGCCGGUAAGGAGCUGGGCUACGAGAACAUGGACAUCAACGGCGAGCACCAGGACGGCUUCAUGAUCGCGCAAGGCACUAUCAGGCGAGGCUCGCGCUGCAGCACGGCCAAGGCGUUCCUGCGGCCAACGCGGCUGCGCCGCAACCUGCACAUCGCCAUGAGGGCGCACACCACGAGAGUGCUCAUCAACCCCGCCACCAUGAGGGCCUACGGCGUGGAGUUCGUGAGGGGCGGCAAGCGGCAAAUAGUGCUGGCCAGGAAAGAGGUCAUUAUGUCGGCUGGGGCCAUUGGAUCUCCGCAGCUGCUCAUGCUGUCGGGGGUGGGCCCGCGAGAGCACUUGCAGCGCGUAGGAAUCCCCACCCUGAGGAACCUGAGGGUAGGGGAGAAUCUCCAAGACCACGUGGGCAUGGCUGGCAUGACGUUCCUCGUCGACCCACCUGUCACCAUCGUGCAAAAUAGGUUCCAGCCCGUGGCCAUCACCACGCAGUACGUGAUGCGCGAGCGCGGGCCCAUGACCACCCUGGGCGGCGUGGAGGGGCUCGCCUUCAUCCACACCAAGUACUCGAACCGCUCCGAGCGCUGGCCCGACAUCCAGUUCCACUUCGCGCCCGCCUCCAUCAACUCGGACGACGGCGUGCGCGUCCGGAAGAUCCUGGGCAUCACGGACCGCGUGUACGACGCCGUCUACCGGCCCAUCGCCAACCGAGACACGUGGACGCUGCUGCCGCUGCUGCUGCGGCCGCACUCCAGAGGGUGGGUACGGCUCCGAAGCAAGAACCCGUUCCACUACCCGCUCAUCCACGCCAACUACUUCGACGACCCCCGCGACAUCGCCACCCUGAUGGAGGGCGUGCGCUUCGCCCACCGCAUCGCCGGCGCGCACUCGUUCCGCCCCUUCGGGUCGCGCCUGCACCGGCUGGCCAUCCCGGGCUGCAAGCGCUUCGGCUUCAACACGGAGCAGUACUGGGAGUGCGCCAUCCGCCACAUCACCAUGACCAUCUACCACCCGGCCGGCACCUGCAAGAUGGGGCCGUCCUGGGACCCGGGCGCCGUGGUGGACCCGCGCCUGCGCGUCUACGGCGUCCAGGGGCUCCGGGUGAUAGACGCCUCCAUCAUGCCCACCAUCGUCUCGGGCAACACCAACGCGCCGACCAUCAUGAUCGCGGAGAAGGGAGCCGACCUCAUCAAGGAAGACUGGCUGUCCUCCGAACAGGGCCGGUGAUAUCACCCAAGGAAGACCAAAGGAGGGAACACCAUGCUCAUGGUCGCGGCGCAGAAGGCCGCCGCCGGGGCCCAGGACGCCGAAGACCAGGCGGGGCAGGGCUCCGCCAAGGAGUACGACUUUAUCAUCGUGGGCGCCGGCACGGCCGGCUGCGUGCUCGCCAACAGGCUCACUGAGGAGGCGGACUGGCGCGUGCUGCUGCUGGAGGCCGGCAGAAGCGGCAGCUUCGUCAUGGACAUCCCGCUCGUGGCGAGCUACAUCCAGUUCAGCGACGCCAACUGGAAGUACAAGACGGAGCCCAACCUGCAGGCCUGCCUCGGCAUGGCAGGCCACCAGUGCAACUACCCGCGAGGCAAAGCGCUGGGCGGUUCCUCGCUGCUCAACUUCAUGAUCCACUCGCGGGGCAACAGGCGCGACUACGACGGCUGGGCCGCGCUGGGCAACGAGGGCUGGGCGUACAGGGACGUGCUGCCCUACUUCAAGAAGAGCGAGUCGGUGCACCGCGACGUGGGCGCGGACCCGCGCUUCCGCGGCGCCCGCGGCCCGCACCCCGUCACCCUGCCGUCGUGGAGGACGCCGCUCGCCGAGGCCUUCGUGCAGGCGGGGCCCGCCACCGGCCAGCGCCUCGCCAAGGACUACAACGGAGAGACGCAGACGGGCUUCUCCUACUUGCAGGUCAGCAUGCUGAACGGCACCCGCGUGAGCGAGGCCCGCGCCUACCUCAGCCCGGUGCGCAGCAGGAGGAACCUGUUCGUGCGCAAGCAGGCGCUCGUCACCCGCGUGCUCAUCCACCCCGUGCUCGGCCAGGCCUACGGCGUGCAGUACAUGCAGGGCCGCAGGAACGUGACCGUGUUCGCCAGGAAGGAGGUCAUCAUAUGCGGGGGCGCCAUCAACUCCCCGCAGCUGCUCAUGCUGUCCGGGGUGGGCCCGCGCGAGGACCUCGAGGCCGUCGGCGUGGCCGUGCAGCACCACCUGCCGGGCGUGGGCCGCCACCUCGAGGACCACAUCGCGCUGGGCGGCCUCACCUUCCUCGUCAACCAGAGCGUGUCGCUGCGCACCGAGCGCCUCUACAGCAACCCGCGCUUCUUCAGCGAGUACCUCAGCUAUCACACGGGGCCCGCGUCCAUCCCGGGCGGCUGCGAGGCCGUCGCCUUCUACGACCUGCAGCGCCCCGCCGACCCCGACGGCUACCCGGACCUGGAGCUGCUGUUCCAGGGCGGCUCCCUCACGGCCGAGCCCGUCAUGCGCAAGGCGUUCGGCAUCGACGAGGAGCUGUUCGACGCCGUGUUCAAGCCCGUGGAGCACCUCGACAGCUGGAUGGUGUUCCCCAUGCUGCUGCGGCCGCGCAGCCGGGGCCGCCUCACGCUCCGCAGCUGGGACCCGCUCAAGCCGCCCGCCAUCUACCCCAACUACUUCGAGCACCAGCAGGACCUGGACGUCAUCAUCGAGGGCGUCAAGAAGGCCAUCCAGGUGGCCCAGUCCGAACCGUUCAAGCGCUUCGGGACGAGGCUGCACGACAUCCCGAUCCCCGCAUGCAAAAGGUACGGCUUCGGCUCGGACGCGUACUGGGGCUGCGCGGCGCGGCAGCUCACCUUCACCAUCUACCACCAGAGCGGCACGUGCCGCAUGGGCCCGGCGGGCGACGCCCAGGCCGUGGUGGACCCGCGGCUGCGCGUGCACGGCGUCAAGGGGCUCCGCGUCGCCGACGCCUCCGUCAUCCCCGCCAUCCCAGCCGGACACACCAACGCGCCCGUCAUCAUGAUCGCCGAGAAGGCCGCCGACAUGAUCAAGGAGGACUGGGGCAGGAGGAGGCCCGGGGACCCCGUCGAGGAAUGAAGACGAAGGACUCAACAACGAGACAUCUUCGCCUUUCUUGUCGCAGGAAAACACUGUAAAAAAAAUUGUUGUACAAUGACGAAAAUACCAUGGCUAAUUUUUUGGACAGGGCUGUCGUCACGAAUUUUCUCGUCACGGUGACGAGAAAACCUUAAUCAUGUGACGAAAAAACCCAUGACGACACCCCUGUACUAAAAAUUAGCCAUGGUAUUUUCGUCAUCGUGACAAAGAAUUUUUACAGUGAACGACUGCGGUUGUCGCCGUCGUCGACCUAGUCCGAACGCACCCCCAAGGACUCAGACGCCACGCGCCGCCCACCACCAGUACAAAACGAGACUGACUCCCUCUAGCGCGACGUUUUUGACCGACGCCGCCGACGUCCGAGUGUCGGUACACUGUAAAAAUUCUUUGUCACGAUGACGAAAAUACCAUGGCUAAUUUUUAGUACAGGGGUGUCGUCAUGGGUUUUUUCGUCACAUGAUUAAGGUUUUCUCGUCACCGUGACGAGAAAACCCAUGACGACACCCCUGUACUAAAAAUUAGCCAUGGUAUUUUCGUCAUAGUACAACAAAUUUUUUUACAGUGUAGUCGCACGUCUCAACGUCUCACGGGUAUCCCACACACAAUCAAACCGACAAAGUCUAGCCAGGGGCAGGCCCUGUGCAAACGCAGAGUGAUAAAAUUAAAAUAAAGCCAUAAAUGUAUGUAUA